AUGGUUCAUAUUGCUAACCAAAUAGAUACUUCAUACAAGAGCAAGAGCAAUGUUGUUGCUCAUCUUCUGAAACCACGUGGUUGGAAACCCCCUGUACGCAGGCAGUUCUUCUUAGAUUGUAAUGAGAUCUCUGAGCUUUGUGAUAGUGCUGAAAGAAUAUUCACUAGUGAGCCAAUUGUUCUACAAAUUAAAGCUCCUGUCAAAAUCUUUGGUGAUUUACAUGGUCAGUUUGGGGAUCUCAUGCGCUUGUUUGAUGAGUAUGGUGCUCCUUCAACGGCAGGGGACAUUUCUUAUAUUGAUUAUCUAUUUUUGGGUGAUUACGUUGAUCGUGGCCAACAUAGUCUGGAAACUAUUAUUCUUCUCCUUGCAUUGAAGAUUGCAUAUCCACAUAAUAUACAUUUAAUUCGUGGAAACCAUGAGGCAACAUACAUUAAUGCUUUAUUUGGGUUUCGUACCGAGUGCAUUGAGAGAAUGGGAGAACAAGACGGAAUCUGGGCAUGGCACCGUAUUAACAGAUUGUUUAAUUGGUUGCCUUUAGCUGCUUUAAUGGAGAAGAAAGUUAUCUGCAUGCAUGGUGGUAUUGGUCAUUCCAUAAAUCAUGUAGAGCAGAUCGAAAACCUUCAACGACCUAUCACAAUGGAAACUGGCGCAAUAGUUCUUAUGGAUCUGCUAUGGUAUGAUCCAACAGAGAACGACAGUGUUGAGGGGUUAAGACCAAAUGCCAGGGGGCCUGGCUUGGUUACUUUUGGGUUAGUUAUUGAGUUCUGCAAUAAUAAUGACCUCCAGUUGAUAGUAAGGGCACAUGAGUGUGUCAUGGAUGGUUUUGAACGAUUUGCUCAGGGUCAUUUAAUCACUCUUUUCUCUGCAACUAACUAUUGUGGAACAACAAAUAACACGGGGGCAAUUUUGGUUUUGGGACGAGAUCUUGUGGUUGUCCCAAAGCUAAUUCAUCCCUUACCUCCUACCUUCCAUUCUCCUGAAACAUCACUGGAACGUCAUAUUGAGGAUACAUGGAUGCAAGAAAUUAAUGCCAACAGACCAGCCACGCCUACCCGAGGCAGACCUCAAGUGGCAAAUGAUCAAGGUUCUCUAGCCUGGAUAUAGAAAUCAUCCCAAAUAUGGUAUACUAAUUCCCCUCCUGUGAACUGAGAUUCCUGGUGGUUCAGCUGUUGGACCUACUCUUUUGAACAAGAAGCUGGGUUUAUAAACUGGCCAUCAAAAUUUGUAAAGCUCUUAGAUAUUUCAACAUGUAAAGUUGAUUGAAAGUUGCUCACCAAUAGUGUUUUUGUGGUAGUUAUUCUU